GAAUUGUUUCUUUUUUUCAGGCCUGCAGAUAAAACAUCUAAUGAAAAGAACAAGGUCAAAAACCAAAUACAUCGUGGGGCUGACUUUGCUGACUCAAUGGGGCCAUCUGAAACAGCCUCCGAGGUUUGUGAGUUGUCUCACUCUAUUCAUGAGAAUUUUAUAUUGCUGAUUGAACAACUUGGAAUGGAGUGUAAAGAUUCUCUUAGCCUAUCAAGAAUCCAAGGCACAUUUUGUUUAUAUGAACACUUACUGGAACUUAAGAAUAAUGAUUAUGAACGACUUACAGAAAAAAUUAAACAAAUGGAAAAUAUGGUCAGUGUACUACAAAAGGAGCUAUCUGAAACGAAAAAUACAAAAUUACAGUUAGAGCUUCAAAAAAUUGAAUGGGAGAAAGAGGUGUACAGUUUGAGGUUUGCCUUAAAACAAGAAAAAGAGGAGAAAGGAAAUGCCGAUACGUUAUAUAAUAAAGAUAGUGAACAGUUAAGAAUAAAAGAAGAGGAAUGUGAGAAAGAGGUUGAAACAAAGCAGCGACUUAAAUGGAAUCUGAGAAGACUUGUUAAGCAAUUGAAGACAGUAAGAAAGAACUUGGAUCUGGUUGUGCAGGAGCGAAACGAUGCCCAGAAGCAACUUUCUGAAGAACAGAAUGCCAGAAUAUCACAAGAUCAGAUUCUGACCAGUAAACAAAAGGAGCUAGAAAUGGCUCAAAAGAAAAUUAAUUCUGAGAUUUCUCAUAGGCAUAAGAAAGAAAAGGAUCUCUUGCAUGAAAAUUGCAUGUUGCAGGAAGAAAUUGCCUUGCUGAGACUGAAAAUAGAUACAAUAAAAAAUCAGAACCAGCAAAAAGAAAAGAAAUAUUUUGAAGACAUUAAGGUUGUAAAAGAAAAGAAUGAUAACUUUCAAAAAAUUAUAAAACUAAAUGAGGAAGAGUUAACAAAAAUAAUGCUCCUGUACAGUGGACAGCUGAAUGAUCUGACAGCUGAGAACAAAAUACUCAAUUCUGAACUGGAGAACAACAGACAGAACCAAGAAAGACUGGAAAUAGAAAUGGAAUCAUACCGUUGUAGACUAGCUGCUGCCCUACAUGAUUGUGAUCUAAGUCAGACAUCAAGAGACCUAAAACUACAACUUGAUUUCCAGAGAACAAGCGAGUGGAUUCGUUUACAGGACAAAAUAAAGGUUGAUAUGUCUGACCUACAAGCUAAGAAUGAGAUUCUUUCUGAAAGACUUUCUAAUGCUGAAAGUAAAAUCAACAGCCUACAAAUUCAGCUCCAUAAUAAAAGAGAUGCUGUUGAAAGAAAGAGUUUGAUUUUGGAAUGUUUGCAAAGAGACCUCAGUCAGACACAGUGUGAGAAGAAAGAAAUUGAACAGAUGAACCAAAUUGAACAAAGCAAACUGAAGAAAUACAUUGCAAAGCAGGAAUCUGUAGAGGAGAGAUUAUCUCAACUACAAAGUGAAAAUACGUUGCUUCAACAGCAACUUUAUGAUGCUCACAAGAAAGCUAACAGUCAAGAAAAGACAGUCAGUACUAUCCAAGACCAAUUUCAUGCUUUUGCCCCAAAUCUUCAAGCUGAGAGUGAAAAGCAGAUUGUUUCACUACAAGAGAAGAACAAGGGGCUGAUGGAUGAAUAUAAUCAUUUAAAAGAAAGAAUGGAUCAAUGUGAGAAAGAGAAAGCAGAAGGAAAAGUUGACCUUAUAGAAGCACAGGAAACUGCACCUUUAUGAUGUCUACAUCUGGAUGCAGAGAAUGAAGUUCUUCAACUUCAACAGACAUUAUUCUCUAUGAAAGCAAUACAAAAGCAAUGUGAAACGCUACAGAAGAAUAAGAAGCAGCUGAAACAAGAAGUAGUAAACCUCAAAAGUUAUAUGGAGAGAAAUAUGUUAGAACGUGGUGAAGCUGAACAGUAUAAACUGUUGACUGAAGAAAAAGCAAGGAGGGAAAUAGCAGAAAAAUUAAACGAAGCCGUUCUCACCUUGCAGAAACAAGCAGCAGUAUCUCAAGAACAGUUAGCACAGUUAAAGGAGGAUAAUACUACUUCAAUAAAAACUCAGAUGGAACUCACAAUCAAAGAUAUGGAAUCUGAAAUCUCCAGAAUAAAAACUUCGCAAGCCAACUUUAAUAAAACCGAAUUGGAAAGAUAUAAGGAACUCUACCUAGAAGAAGUAAAAGUUAGAGAAUCCUUGUCAAAUGAACUGAAUAGAACUAAUGAGAUGAUAGCAGAGGUCAGUACGCAACUUACUGUGGAGAAAAAGCAGACCAGAUCUCUAUUCACUGGCACUACGAGGCCAGUCCUAGAGUCAUCUUGUGUUAGAAAUCUUAAUGAUAGUGAAGGUCUCAACAGAAAACAUAUUCCAAGAAAAAAGAGGUCUGCUUUUAAGAGCAUGGAGAGCUACUUGUUGAAGAUGCAGUGGAAGUUGCAAAAUGAUAUAACUACAGAAGUAGCAGGUGUCCACUAACCAUGCCUCCACCAAACCAAAAAGCCUUCAAUAUCCAGACAAAACUGGGAUAGAUGUCCCUCUUGAGUUCCAAUAGUGCCUUGUUUUACACCUGUCAGAGUAUCUAUGACUUGGUAUGGAAAUUGCCUAUUUGUCUGCUUUUUCAGGUUAUAGCAUACGAUUGCUGGGGGUGGACUGUAUCAUCUUCAUCUUGUAACUCCAGGACUUGUCAUGGUCUAGUACCUUAACACGUGGUUGUUGAAUAAAUGAAUGAAGAAUGAGAAA